CCGCUGGCGGAGGAAUGCCAAGCCUCGGCUGAUCUCCCCCCACCCCCACCCCCGACGCGGGAGCGAAGGGCUACUGGGGUGCGCAAGGGUAUUUGCGUGCUCAGUCUCCGCGGGACUCGAGAAUUUGCAGGCCCGAGCCGGCGUUCGGAAGGCAAAGCCGGGGAGCCGAAGUCGCGGGCUUUCGGGGAGAUGGCUGGGGCGGCCGUGGCACAGGUUCCCCCACAUUGCCCCGGGAGCCCCUCGGGUGACCCAGCCAGCCCAGAUGUGGCAUUAGCGGAGGAGCGCGACACCGUGCAGCACGAGCGGGGGCCUCGCACGUCCACCAUCCGCAAGCAGGUGGCCCUGUACUUCCGCGGACACAAGGAGGAGAACGGAGCGGCCGCGCACUUCCCGUCGGCCGCGUUGCCCGCUCCCGCCUUCUUCACGGCGGUCACACAGCUGGAGCCGCACGGCCUGGAGCUGGCGGCCGUGUCCACCACCCCCGAGCGGCAGACCCUCGUGAGCCUGGCGCAGCCCACGCCCAAGUAUCCCCAUGAAGUGAAUGGGACUCCCAUGUAUCUCUAUGAAGUGGCCACAGAGUCUGUGUGUGAAUCAGCUGCCAGGCUUCUGUUUAUGAGCAUCAAGUGGGCUAAGAGUGUGCCAGCUUUUUCCACAUUGUCUUUGCAAGACCAG